AUGGCAAAAGUAGAAGAAGAACCGACAUCAUCGAUUCAUCAACAACAACCAUCUUCAUCGUACAUAUUACUGUUGAAUAUUAUGAGCAAAAGAAGAACAUGGGCGUGUCUUUUUUUUCUUGUUUACGGUACCCUUUUAGCAUCUUCAUGGAAUUUUCUUAAAACAAUGCUUUCUUGGUACAAUUCACAAGCUCAAUCAUCAACCUCUGGUUGGCCUGCACUGUAUGCUUCUGUUCUUCUAGGAACUGUUUUUGGGCUGCUUUCAAUGGUUGCUGCUUUGGUUGUUAUGGUUCCUGCGGUUUUGGUGACGUGGAUAACCGUUGUUGUUUUGUUGGCUUUUUUUGGAAAGCCUAGGAGGGUUUUGGUGGUUGAAGGGAGGAAGAUUACCGGUGAAAUUUUCAGUUUUGUUGUUAAGAUUUUGUUGACAGAAGGGAAUGUUGUUGCUGCUGUUUGUGCUGUUUUGGGGUAUUUUGCUUUGGUUAGAAGGAACAGUGAAUGA